AUGACACCUACCAAACUGCUCGGUCGUCUUGUUGGAAUAUUUGUCAUUACUACAAUUGUGUUCAUUAUACUUUAUGGUGUCGAAAAAACCAGGAAAACAAUAACAACAGAAAACAGAACUUUACCAUUAGCGACGACUACAGAUGAUGUAUGUUUCACUCCCUAUUGUGUCAAAGCAGCCAAUUACCUAAUUGAAAGUAUCGAUGAAACAGUUGAACCAUGCGAAGAUUUUUUUCAUUUUGCCUGUGGAACAUGGAUUAAAAAUACAAGAAUACCUGAUGAUGUCAGUGCACAGAGUCCUUUCAAUUUGUUGCGAACGCAAUUGUAUUAUAACGUUAUAGAUGAAGCAGACAUAGAGGCUACUGGUGUUGAUCCUAUUCUUUCAUUGGUCAAUACAGAAUUGGGUGGUUGGCCCAUACUUCAAGGUUCAUCAUGGAGUAGUUCAACGUUUGAUUUGUCAAAUCUCUUUUUGAAACUGCGAAAAUAUGCUUAUAAUAUUAUCUAUCGAAUCGGACAAAGUGAUCUUGCACUAGGACAAAAGCAAUACUAUGCCAAUGAAACAAAUAUCACGAUUGCUUAUCGACAGCUAAUACGCGAGUUGGCUAUGGCAUUAGGAAAUGACACAUCAAUGAUUGAUCAGGAUGUCAAUGAUAUUUUCGAAUUUGAAAAGAAUAUAUCAAAGUAUCAUUGGACAGAUGACGAACAACGAGCACGCUAUGAUGAAACUGUUCGAACUACAUUCAACAAUCUUUCAUUAACAUUCAACACCACAUUUGAUUUCACCGAUUAUGUUCGUCGUUCCUAUCUAUUAGGCAAUGUGACUUUACAAGAUACAGACGUUGUAGCCAUUAGUGAAAUCGAGUAUUUGAAUAAUGUUUCAUUGAUCCUUCAACGAGCUUCACCACGAACCAUACAAAAUUAUAUGGUUUGGCGUUUCAUACUGAGUCGAACUUCGGAUAUGCCACAACAUAUUCGAAUUAUCAGACAACGAUUUGAUCGAAUCUUUCGUGGUACGAAUACCGAACGACCACGUACAGCAAGAUGUGGCAGUUUUGUCAAUCGUAUCCUAGGUUUUGCUGUCUCAAAACUCUACAUUAAAAAAUAUUUUGACGAAAAUGCUUUCAAUGAGUCUCUUGAAAUGAUCAAUAAUAUCCGAGAUGCAUUCAUCGAAAUGCUUCAAGGAUCUACUUGGAUGGAUGUUGAAUCAAAAACAAAAGCCAUCGAGAAGGCCAAAAGUAUAGAUCAGCAUAUUGGUUAUCCUGACUAUUUGGCCAGCGAUAAUAAUACGAAACUCGACAAAGAUUAUGCUGAGUACACUUUCAACUCAUCCUACAUUAGAAACAUUCUCAAAUUGCUUGAAAUAUUUGCCAAGGAAAAUUUUCAACUACUGCGAAAACCUGUCGACAAAAAAGACUGGGAUGAAUACUCUGCACCCAGUGUUGUAAACGCCUUUUAUGAUCCAUCAACAAAUCGAAUCAGUUUUCCGGCUGGUAUUUUACAAAUACCUUUCUUUAAUAAGGAUGCACCCAAGUAUCUCAAUUAUGGUGGAAUUGGGUAUGUGAUUGGACACGAAGUUACACAUGGGUUCGAUGAUACUGGCCGACAAUUCGACAAAGAUGGAAAUCGCAUUCCAUGGUGGACAGAAGAAACAAUCAAAAAGUUUAACGAACGCAAGACAUGUAUUAUCAAUCAGUACAGCAACUAUACAGUGACACAGAUCGAUAUGCAAGCAGAUGGAAAUCUAACACAAGGUGAAGAUAUUGCUGACAAUGGUGGUCUUAGAGGUGCAUUUUUUGCCUAUCAAAAAUGGGCAGCAAACAAUAAGAAUGUUGACAAAAGAUUACCUGGUCUUCAGAAAUAUUCUUCGGAACAAUUGUUCUUUAUCAAUUAUGCUUAUAACUGGUGUAUUAAGAUGACGAAUGCCUAUGCAGUUAAUCGUCUUCGAAUAGAUGUUCAUUCAUUGGAUCAAUUCAGAGUGACUGGCCCAACAUCAAAUUUCGAUGAAUUCGAUCGAGCAUUUGGCUGUACACCAGGUCAAGGAAACAGUCGGAAAGACAAGUGUAGUGUUUGGUAG